AUGUCAAACUACGACAAGUGGAAGAGCAUCUUGAAGGAGCUCGAGGAAGAAGAAGCUCGGGAAGAGGCAAGAGGUGGCGACGCAGCUAAGUCGACAAACCCGCGAGAGUUUCAACCGUUGUCGCACAAACCAUUGCAACUCAAACAAGAAAUCCAGGAUGCGUCGAACAAGCUCCACGUGCUGGAGAAGGAUCUGGCGGCGUACGAUGCCUUGGCCGGUGUGUUGAAGGACCUGCCCACCCAAUUGGACCACGACAUCAUGGUCCCGUUGGGCAAACAAGCGUUUAUUCCCGGGAAAAUCAUUCACGCGAAUGAAAUCCUGGCGCAUCUGGGUGGCGACCACUUUGCGAAGCAGACGGCGAGUCAGACGAGUGCAAUUGUCGAUCGCAAGAAGGCUGAUCUCGUCAAGCAAAUUGCGCGCCAGGAAAAGUGGCUCCAGUCUCUCCACGCAAAGCUCGACGACGUCAGCCACGUCCUAAACUUGAAGAAGAUUUAUGAGGAUGCCAACAUCCAGGAAAUCAAAGAGACGGAAGAAGAAAGCAAUGGCGCGGUCGACGCGUCCGAGUUUACGCAAGACGACUACGACACAUACUUUGAGAUCGAAAAGGAAGAAGCGGCCAAGCAGGCGGCGUCCGCUUGGGACUGGGAUGAAGCGAUGCGGCGCAUGGACGAACUCGAACAGGAUGAAGAAGCAUCGGUGGACACAAAGGCUGUCGCGGCGACCGAGGCCGACUCGAUCAAGCAGCAAGGCAACUCGGCGUUUGCUUCGGGCAACUACUCGGCUGCGGUCGAACUGUACUCGAAAGCCAUUGCGCUGACGCCCAUGGCCCAUACGCUGUUUGGGAAUCGAUCUGCAGCCCAUUUCCAACUGCGCCAGUACGAACAGGCCCAACAAGAUGCCGAAACCGCGACAGCGCUCGAUCCGUCGUGGGCCAAGGGAUAUUUUCGUCUGGGGCAAGCGCUGGCAGCUCUCGGGCACAACGAUCGUGCAGCCGACGCAUACGAAGAAGCGUCCAAGCUCAAGCCGAGCGACAAACAGACGCAGGCGCUUGCGAAGGAGCUGCGACUCAAGGCAGAAAACGACAAGAACGUCCAGCGCCUGAAACAGCCCGCCCUAGCACGCGACAAAUCGACGGUGUUUACUGGAUCUGUCAUGGAACGGAAAGCCCCUUCCACCGAGGACAACGGGAUGGCGCCACCGCCCAAGCGCGUGUCUCGUUUCAAGGCCAUGCGGCAAGGUGGGGGCCAGGCGUAGCUGCGUCGGUGCAAUUCGUCACGUCGAUCUGUUUUGAUUUCCCCUUCAAUACGUCUCGGUCGUGACCUCCA